AUGAUUGUGAAUGAUUCCUUUGCUUCAGGUCUCUCGAAUAGUUCCGACUGCAAUUCCGAUGCCGAAGAGGAGAACGUGGAUGCAUCUGAAGAUGUCCCUGUCGACGAAGCUGAAGGCGGUGAUGGAGAGAAUAAAGAUGAUGCUGCGGCUGCAAAACGACGAGGACCACGAACGACAAUCAAAGCGAAACAGAAAAAUUAG